AUGCUCACUGGACUUGCGAAGUCCGAACUCUUUAACCUGGCCGGUCACCCACUCCUCAAACGAGACAGUGCCCCUGCCUUUGCGAUGUUACAUGACGCUCAGGUCUUCGUGAAUUCGUUGCCCAUGACCGUUCAUGAAGUUAGCCAUUCAUCUCUCCCCUGGGGCACUUCCAAGAAGUGCUCAGAUACGCCAUCCCCAUCGACGUGUGAGAGCUGCGCAAUUGGCGCCAACGUGUUUCUAGCCUCUGGGAUCGCGGCGUGCGCGAUCAAAUACGGACCAGUUGCGGUCUCUGCCCCACUGGCUGGUAUUCCUGCUCUAGCAGCCUGCAUCGCCGCCGCGACGGGGAUAUGGUAUGUUAACCUCAUUUCAUGCCUUGGAAAAUGA